UUGGGUUUUGAGUUGGCAGCAUUUCGUUUGAUGGCUCUGUCGCACUGACAGGAUUCUCUCUUAAACUUCGCAUUUCCAUCGACGGCAUGUCGUCGUGGACGCGUAAAAAUAUGCGACAUUUUGCCAACUGCAUGUAAUGUGACCCAACCCACACAGCGUGACUAUGGAAUAUGGGCGAUGCGGAGCUGUCAAACUCUUCUUUGAUCGCCUGCGAUGGUCACCAUGGCAAUAAUUACGCGUCAGGAGAACAGCGCCUUGUGGAGAUCGCGUAAAAGCGCACUGUCUGUCAGAUAGUGACCGUUUGCAGAACAGGUGCGUGCAUGUGUGUGUAUCGCUCUCAGUCCGGCUAUAGACCGACGGGGAUGGCACGGCGCGGGUGAACGCUAGAUCGCCCGGCUCGGGUGUUAUUUGGUGAAGCGGCACCGGCUGUUGCGCAUCACGUUGGUGGAAACCCGGCGUGGAUGGGUGGUGGUUCCGCAUCGCAAGGAGAUCCCCCCGCCUCGCGCAGAGAGACCACCCGGAUUCUGCAGAGGAAUGCCGCGACGCGCCGAGAGCGAGCGUCUUCACAUUGCGUCCAUCAGGGUAUUGGAGAAGUACAGUGGGCGAAGGCAUAGGCUGACUCUGCGCGCAACAAACCGCGGCCAGUCGUGACUUUCACCUGGCGACACAAACACGGACCCUAUCGCGUUUGGACGCGUGCCCUCAGCGCAACAGCUGCGCGUUAAUGCCAGCAGGUGCAAGACCUGACUUUAGUGCUGGUUUGCCCUGUGCAUCACUCUACCUAUCUAUCUAUCUGUUACAUUCUCUUGGCAUUCCUGGCAUUCAUUGUGAUAAACUCAAGCACACAGUGGCAGCAGUUGUGUGAACACUGGUCAGGAUGCAGGUAUCAUUUGCCUGUACAGAGCACAAUCUAAAGAGCCGCAGCGAGGAUCGGCUGUGUGGCCUGCGAACUGCCCCUCCACCAGGGGGCAGCAGCAGUGGAGGGGGCGGAGGGGAAAGAGGGAGCGGACAAGGAGGAAACGGCAACUAUGGCCCUCAGAGCUCCGUCAAAUUACGGGAUACGAUGGGGCCCCGCCCUUUACCUCAUGGCCAUGCCCACAUGAAAGAGGCUAUUGGACGACACAGUAGCAUGAAAUACAGAAACCUUGGGAAAUCAGGUUUGCGUGUUUCCUGCUUGGGUCUCGGCACCUGGGUGACAUUUGGCUCUCAGAUCUCUGAUGAGAUGGCAGAGAGUUUAAUGACGAUAGCAUAUGAGAAUGGAGUGAAUCUGUUUGACACAGCAGAAGUAUAUGCUUCAGGCAGGGCUGAAAUCACUCUGGGGAACAUCAUUAAAAAGAAAGGCUGGAGGCGGUCCAGUUUCGUUGUAACGACUAAGAUCUACUGGGGUGGACAGGCGGAGACAGAAAGAGGCCUGUCAAGAAAACACAUCAUAGAAGGGCUACGAGGUUCUCUGUCUCGACUGCAGCUGGAUUACGUGGAUAUUGUCUUUGCUAAUCGAAGUGAUGUAAACAGUCCCAUGGAAGGUCUUUCAUUUCUUUCAUGCCCGUUGUUACAGUACGAAUGCAAAAUGCGUUUCACAUGCCUCAUUGAGAGAAUUAUUGUGUGUUUCACAGAAGUGGUACGGGCAAUGACAUUUGUUAUAAACCAGGGUAUGGCCAUGUACUGGGGUACGUCACGCUGGAGUGCCAUGGAGAUAAUGGAGGCGUACUCUGUAGCGAGACAGUUUAACCUGAUCCCACCCGUAUGCGAGCAGGCCGAGUAUCAUUACUUUCAGAGGGAUAAAGUAGAGGUCCAGCUUCCGGAGCUUUACCACAAGAUCGGUGUCGGUGCAAUGACCUGGUCUCCUCUCGCAUGUGGACUCAUCACAGGAAAAUACAGCGAUGGCGUCCCAGACUGUUCACGGGCUGCAAUAAAAGGUUAUCAGUGGCUGAAAGAGCGAGUACACAGUGAAGAAGGACGCAGACAACUGGCAAAAAUUAAAGAGCUCCACCUGGUGGCCGACAGGCUCGGCUGCACUCCUGCUCAGCUUGCGAUUGCAUGGUGCUUACGUAGUGAGGGUGUCAGUUCUGUACUUCUUGGUGUAUCCAACACAGACCAACUUCUUGAAAACCUUGGAGCCAUGCGGAUUCUGUCUCAGAUGAAUCCUCAGACCAUAGGUGAGAUCGACGCACUCCUGGGCAACAAGCCUCACUCCAAGAAAGAGUCACGCGCGUGAAGGAACGAGACGAUUACCGAACCACAUACAGCCAGAAAAGCAAGCGAUGGAGAAAAGACUGAACGCGGCGUCCCAUGGCUUCUCUGCUAUCCCGUAUAUUACAACACCUGCAUGCCUUCUGCAAACAUGCUUCCAGCCCAUACCGCACUGCUCUCUGUAACCCUACUCAAAUAUCUGAACAUACCGACAAAUAAGACGUGCAAACUCUGAAACGGCCACAUAAAAACUUCAUCUUUCUUUAUUUGGAGACGCUGACGUUUCCGUCUUGCAGGAGAAAGUCUUGCAAAACCAGGAAAUGAAAGAGGCAAGGAAAGUUUCCAUGACCCCUCUCGUCCCUGUCCUUGUUUUUCACCAGGUUUUCAUCGGACGAGCUGUUAUGAGACAGUGCGUGUGACGUGAGGCAUGAACGAAUGUUUGUAUGCGUGCAUGCGGUGACACAAACUCUUUAUCGCUGGUGUUGCACCUGAGCUACUCAGAACUCGGACGGCACAUCUCGUCGGGUGGACGGCGUGUCAGCCGCUCAUCGUAGCCAGAUGUUUACGAAAAGUGCUCGACACAUUCGUGAGGACGUCGCGGUAACCGUCAAAGUGCGGAGGAGUAUGGAGGACACAUCGGCGUGUGACAGGAACAAGUCUCAACAUCAAAAGUCUUCCUCCGUUUCUCUCCUUUCCAUCUCUCCUUGUGUUUACAAUGGUGCACCUGUCCCUUUAAGAGAAUCUGUGCAGUUGUAGGAGGGAAGUGCGAGUGUGUAUAUGAUGCCUCACAGACAGGUUCAAAGCCAAUUCUCUAUUUAUUAAAAAAGCAUGUGUCAUGUGUUUAAUUUGAUACAACAGUUAGUUGCAGUCCUUGAUUCUGAUUGGUCAAUAGCUGUUGCUUACCUAAAGGGAUAGUUCAGUCAAAAAUUAAAAUUACCCCACAGUUUACUCACCCUCAAGCCGUCCUCAAUGUAUAUAAGACGAACAUAAUCUGAGUUAUAUUAGAAAAUGUCUUGGCUAUUCCAAGCUUUAUAAUGGUAGUAAAUGGUGCUUCUGAUUUGAAACCCAAAAAAGUGCAUCCAUCCUUCACUGAAGUAAUAAUAUACACGGUGCCAGGGUUUAAUAACAAUGUCACAAAUAAUGAUUUGACAUUUCAGUGUUUAGUCAAAAAAUAGUUUACCGGAAAAUAAGAGAACUGGGUUUGAAUACUUUUGCGAGGCAUCAUGUGUUUGCGUGUGAAGCUUGGCUUCUGUGUUCAGCAUCCUUUGCACUAAGUGGACAGAGUCAUAAUUUUUGAGAUCAUAGGUCACUAAUAGUCAUGAUGGUUAACAUGACCAGAGAACUGUGCUAGUAUUGCUGUGUAUUUGACACACACACAUACACACACUUUCACGGUUCUGUCAUGUGUUUAUUGUUCUGUUCAUUGUUCAUGUCUUUUAUUAUGUAGUUCUGUUUCAUGUCCAAACAUGAGAUAAGGCAGGAUCUAAAUGCAGAUAAGACUUUAAUAAAACAAAAUAUGAAGCAUAAUCUGUCUCAUGAAAAAAGGAGCAAGAACAUGAAACAACCCAUACAACAAACAAUAAAAAGUGAGGGCUUUAUAUACAGACAAGGAACCAAUCAGAACAUGACACAUCAGGGAAGACGAAAAAAGAGGCAACCAUGACAAUGAACGCUUUCAAAAUAAAAGACGUUAGCAUGAAACAGAACUACAUAAUAAAAAACAUGAACAAUGAAAACAUGACAGAACCGUGACACACACACUGCGUCUGUGACAAUGAAAAGUGAAGCACUUCACAUUUGGGUGUUUGUGCCGUUCCAUGAUUUCAGACAGGCACAGAUGAGACUCCUCACUGGAUUGAAUGAAUCCCUUCUGAAAAUUUCAUUUAGCGAAUGAUGUAUAUCACAAAUGUGCAGUGCCACAAAACAAAGUUGACCAAUUUACAGUGUUACAUACAGAUAAACAUCAGCUUAGACUUUGUUUAGACGAGCAUCAAAAAUCUGUUUUUUUUGUGUGUGUGUGUUCUGUUUAGUUAAAGAUGCAUAGUCCUAAACAAUGAGAUAUUUAGAUACACUAGAGAUUUACUGCAUUGUCUAAAGCCUGGGAUACGUGCACGAUUUUUGCCAUCCUAUAAGAUCAUUACCUCAUAACACUGUGCGACAUGAGGCAUUUAAACUUGGGUAUGACAAGCAUGUACGAUGAUGAAACCUAUUAAAUCGUAGGCUGGAACAUCAUCAGAACGCACUACUGGUUAACAAAUACCGGUCAGCAGGUCGUAGCAGCAAACAUACUGUGCUUAGAUCAUGCUGCAUUUCAGACACUGUCAGAAAACUAUCAACUUUGGCUAAAGAGCCACAAUCACAGAAAUCGCGACGAUUGUUUCACAAUGGCAAUCUUUCGUCUGGGACAGCUAAAAAUCGUGCAGUGUAUCCCGGGGCUUAAAAAAUAGAGUUCAGAUUUCAUCAGAUAUUAAAUGAAGUGGGGAAAAUUUCUAAAAAGCAAAAUCAGAUUUAUGUGCUGUGUGAACAAAGACUAGGACUAGACAAAAACAAACACAGUUGAACACAGUAAGCAGGUACACUGUAAAAAAAAAAAGAUUUGUUGUUUCAACUUAAAAAAAGCAAGUGUUUGUGCGUUCUUAAAAAUUGUUGGUAAUUUAACAUUUUUACACUGGUAACUAACAUAAUAAGAAGUUAAAAUUAACCAAAAAAUUUAAUUGAAAUUCUGUCAUCAUUUUCUCAUCCUCUAAAUCUGUAUGAAUUUCUUUUUUUUAUGAACACAAAAGAAGAUAUUUUAAUAAAUGAUAAUAAGCACACAGCUGAUUGUAGCCAUUGACUUCCAUAGUAGCAACAAAAAAAACAAUGGAAUUCAAUGGGUACCAUCAACUGUGUGCUUACAUCAUUUAUCAAAAUAUUAUUUUUAAUCAUUUAUCACAAUACUUCCAAAAUAUAUUUUCCUACAAUGGGAGUCAAUGGGUACCAUCAACUGUGUGCUUACAUCAUUUAUCAAAAUAUUAUUUUUAAUCAUUUAUCACAAUACUAUCAAAAUAUUUUUUCCUACUUUGUCAAAAAUAAAGGUACAAAGCUGUCACUGGGGCAGUACCCUUUAAAAGAGGUCCUAAUAUGUACCACUUUAAAGAUGGGAUCCAUUGACUUUUCAUAGUAGGAAAAAAAUGAAAUGGCAUAUUCAAGUCAAUGGGCCCCAUCUUAAAAGUGGACUACUCCUUUAAGUACUAAUAUGGGUACAAAGCUACCUUUUUGAAAGGGUACUGUCCCAGUGACAACUUUUGUACCUUUAUUUCUGGGAGUGUACUAUGGAAUUCAAUGGGUACUGUGUGCUUACCAUCAUUUAUCAAAAUAUAUUUUUCAUCAUUUAUCAAAAUACUUCCAAAAUAUUUUUUCCUACUAUGGAAUUCAAUAGGUACCAUCAACUGUGUGCUUACAUCAUUUAUCAAAAUAUAUUUUUCAUCAUUUAUCAAAAUACUUCCAAAAUACAAAAUAUCUUCUUUUGUGUUCAUUAAAAUAAAAAACUAAUACAGGUUUAGAACAAGAUGAGGGUAAGUAAUAGAUGACAGAAUUUUUUUUUUUUGGGUGAACUGUCCCUUUAAGGCAGCACAAACACUUACUUUUUCAAUCAUUUUUUACAGACAGUAUUAGACCUUCAUUGAACUGAGAUCAGUUCUGCCAUCAUCAGGCUGAUCUCACGGCAAUUUGUGAGUAUUUUACGAGUUUGCUAAUUUGUAUGAAUUAGUACAAAGUGAUUAGGUACAAUUAUUAGAUAACCCCUCCCCUAACCCCAACAUCACGGGGGAACAGCAAAUAAAAAAACAUAUGAAUGUGGUCGUACGAAAUAAUAUGAAUCAGCCACCUCAUACUUACGAAUUACCAUGAGAUUGUGUUGUCCAUUUCUGUUCAAUGUGCACUGGAAAAAAAUCUUUGUUGCACUUAAAUUUUAAAAUGUAAUCAUCUUAAAUUUAUAAUUAAUUUCAGCUUUAUUGACUAGUGAGGAGUUGCUAUAAAUUAUACAAAUAAAGUUGAAAUAGCUUAGAAGUUAUUUCAACUCCUCAGUCACUAGUCAAGAAAGUUGAAGCUAAUUGUAGUUUCAAAUUGAUUAAAAUUAAAAAUGUAAGUGCAACGAGGAAUUUUUACAGUGUGGAUUUGAGAUAAAUUUGUCAACUACGCAUUACCAGCCUGAUCUCACGAGAUAUUCGUACAUAUUUUACGAUUUGGCUAAUUUUUCGUGUGAAUUCGCAUGAAGUUAAUCAUGCAAAAACGUCACAGAGGUCAAGGCAAAUCAUACAAAAAUGUACAAAUGUGGUCGUACGAUUUAAUACGAUUUAGCCACCUUGUAAAAUACACAUGAAUUGCCAUAAGAUGGUGUUGGUUUCACUCUCAGUUAUAUGAAUUCGAUUUUAUGCAGUCUGAAUGAUAGACACAGGUUUUAGACAGAAAUUCUGAUUUUUUUGUAAUGGUCAAACUGCUCCUGGGUCAGAAGGAGGACCACUUUUACAUGGGCUAACAUAAGUCCCUUUACUUGUAAUUCAAGCUCAUUAUUCUUUCUUCUCUUUACGACACUGAUUCUGAUGUAUCUUUCUAUUUAUAUGGCUCAAUGAACUUAUGUAAGUAUUGUAUCUGAGUUGGUUAUUGAAAUAUUUUGGUAAUAGUUUAACCUGUUAGAAAGGAAAGGCUUUAAAAUGAUCUUUUUUAUCAACAUGUAUAAUCAUUAGCAAGACUAAACUAUCAUUAGUUAUACUGAACUAAUGUAUAUAUACAUUUAGUGCACUCCCUCAUAUGGUAAUUUUGCCUGAAUAUGUUAAAAUUUACUGUCAUGCAACUUUGAAAAAGAAAAAAACAACAAACAAACAAGAAUCAAGCCCUGUACUGAAUGUAUCUUGCUUGCCUUUAAAAUGUGUGAAGAAAACUGUUGUCCAAAGUGUAAUUUAUGUUACACACACAAUUUCACAAACACAUAUUUGUUCAGUAAUGCUGUUAAAUAACCUACGACAUACUUGCAUACUUUACAGACUUA